CCCAACUCACACCUGCAGCCGUACUGCCACCACCACCACGCGCCACACAGGUGAGGGCGGAGGUCAGUCCUGCCAGCCGGGUCAUCAUGCCCAAGUUCCAAAAGUUCGUCAAGUCAUCGGGAGGAGGAGGAGGAGGAGGAGGUGGACCGUCGACGCGUGACUCUCCCCUCGUUCCUCACAAGACCCGUCCUGUCACUCGCAUUAUCUCCUCCGCCACCACCACCACCACUCCCUCCUCCAGAACCACCAACAGCACCACUAGAACUAACUCCAGCACCAUUAAAGCUAACACCAGCAACUCUAGUAACUCCAGCAGCACCACCAGCAGCAGAACUGUGGUAAAAGUAUCCACUUCGGUGACGGGGAGUAAGAGUAACAGCAGUAGUGGCUGUAACACCAACAAUGGCAGCUGCAGCAGCGGAGUCGGGGAUGUCAUUAACAAAGUACCUGGGGGUCUGAUCCUGCCGGAGAACGCUGUUGAGGUGCACUUCUUCCCAGAUUCUGAGAGCAAUAUCACUCGUAUCCCUGGGCGAGGCGACAUCAUCCACCUGCGACACCACGGGCGCGUCAUCUCCCUCCCCGUCGUGUCCUCAGACACCGAGAAAGCAGACGCCACGAGCCAGGGCCUUUCUUACUCCUACAAAAACACCGCUCCGCAAGAGGCCCCCGUAGACUUCAGCCCCGGGGGGCCUCGCGGAGAUCCGAUACUAACCAGGACUGCCCCUGUCGCGCCGCCCUCGCCCACAGGAAACAUGUCGGUGGAUUCUGGUGUUCUGGAUGUCUCUGGUGGCAGCAGUAGUGAGAGUCUGGGCCUGCCGCCUUCUGAACUCUUCCGCAGCGACGACACCAUUGGCAGUAGCGACAUGGGCCCCAUCACCGCUGCCAAGUUGCCCAGCAUCGAGAGCGCCUUCAGUAGAGUUGGGGAGGCAUUCCGAGGACCCGAUCCCCUCACUUCGCUCCCCUCUGAUCCUCCUGCAGCGCACUCCUUCGACCCCCCGCCUUCCUACACCACACUCAGAACGGUGACGUCAUCAGUGUACACCCCGUCGUACCCCGGGCCGCCACCCACCACCCAACCUUCGCCACCCAACAGCAUACCCUACACCCACGAGUCGCUCUACGUGGACAGCGUCAGCGGACUGGGGCCCUACCAGCCAAUCAGCCCGCCUACGUCACUCAUGUCAUCCACAGACUCCGCCCACAGCCACAUCAUGCCGGCCUUACAUAAUUACUCACCCGAGUACGGCCUCAGGUACGCGGAGCAGAGUAGUGUGGGCGUGAGUGUGGGCGGGGGCAGCGGGGCUCUAUCACUAGGCUACCCCCACACCAGCAUGGCGGGCUGCUCCUUGGGGCGCGCUCUUCCCAGGCCUCACCUCCCUGUGGUCACCACGGCUUGUACAGGUAUGAACACUCUUCUUGGAGAGGAUCUGCAGCCUCGUUCAGGCCCAGGGUCGAGGGGCGGCAGGGGACGUUCGCAGCGGGUCCACGAGAAGCUCUCCAGAGAAGGUGUGUCUUCCGCAGAUUACAAGAAGUCAGCGUGUGACCGAGAGAGGACCAGGAUGAGGGACAUGAACAAUGCCUUCGACCUGCUGAGAGAGCGGCUGCCCUUCUGCAAGCCUCCGGGCAAGAAGUGUUCCAAGAUGGACAGUCUGAGCGGACGAGACCGCUUUCCCUCCAAGCUGGAGACGCUGAGGUUGGCCAUCCGUUACAUCCGACAUCUAGUUAACACACUCUCCGUGCCAAUUGACACAAUCUACCCAAAUUUUGACCCUCCGCCCUACAAUGUGACUUCUGUGCCGCCAAAUCUCCGCCUCCAGCACCGCAUAUACUCCCCGCAGUCUGUUGCCACUAGCAGCCACUCCUCCACACUGGCCAUCUACUCCUCAGGGCACGGUCUGGAAGGACUGGAGUAUCCCUACAUGCCACAAGCACUUGGCCCCACUCUCUCCCAUGACUACCUGAGGGACUCCUUCUGGCCGUCUGAAACUCUUUCUGAAUACCAGUACUGA